AUGACGAAGAAGUAUUUAUACAGAAAUCAGGAACGAUUGUGAUUGCGAUUAUCAGAGUUUCAUCGGGAGGCCUGUCAAUGUCAGGUGUUGUGGCGCCAUGGCGGUGGGAUCAACUGGUCCAUAUUGUGGUGUGAGGAUGAGUGAUAGCGUCUGGCUGUGCCUUGGGGCCCAGGCAACGGAAAAGUGGGCUGGCAAAGGGAUUGGCUAGGGCAGAAUGCGGUCGAUAUAUGCUUUGGCAAACUCAAAGAGUGUUUGGAGUACCAAAAUAGAGGUUGUGAUGUGGUAGGGUGGUGUGGGUGUAUGGCGCAGUGCAAAAGAGAUGGUGUUGCCAUGUGCGGAUGGGUUGGGCCGUGAUGAGGGGGGUGGAACCCAAAUGGUGUUGAAGCAGAGUGACCAAGGAGUCUGUUUUUGUCCGGGGUGUGCGGAGGUGUCAGCAGAUUGUUUUGAGGAUUGUAGACGUGGUAACCGGGAGCAGUCGGGCACUGGAGACACGUGUUUUACAGGACGAAACGCGCGCCGUUUUGACGAUCAAACGAAUGCAAGACUCAUUCGCUGUUCAGUCUGAAUAGCGCACGACGGCAUGACAGACGAGGCAAGGAGAAGGAGACAGGGUUGAGGAGGUAGAUUGCAAAGGCGACAUGGUGUAUUACUAUCUAGUGGAGAAAAGAGGGUACGAUGUGGCACGUGUACAAAAUCUGGAUCAACCAAUUGCGGCCGCGAUAAGGAGUCGGUCACGCGAGGUGAUGAGCAAGAGACGCACCAAAAAGAGGGUGGAGGGAUGUACAGAGAGUACUAGUAGGAUAAGUCGGGAGGACGAGCGCUGGUGGACUUGGCGCCAGGCGUAUGUAAGAAAAGAGAUGACGUUAUGGAUCGAACGUGUACGGUGCUGAUACCGGCC